AACUGUCUGCCCGGCCUCGGGAAAAGGCUGGUGGGUGCACGCGGAGGGUCUUCCUUCCGCCUCGGCCCGAGCGCCUUCUAGGCCCAGCAUGGAGGGAGCAGCGGCUGCCACCGCGAUGAGGACGAGCGCAGGGACCCUGCCUAUCACCGAGGAGAACGGCGGCGGAGAGACCCGCCCCCGAGAGAGAAAAGUUUACAUGGAUUAUAAUGCGACUACUCCUCUGGAGCCAGAGGUCAUCCAGGCUGUGACGGAGGCCAUGCAGGAGGCCUGGGGGAAUCCCAGCAGUCCCUACCUGGCAGGCAAAAAGGCCAAGGAUAUGAUCAAUGCAGCCCGAGAAAACUUGGCAAAGAUGGUGGGUGGAAAGCCACAGGAUGUAAUCUUUACUUCAGGGGGAACAGAGGCAAACAACUUGGUGAUCCAUUCUACCGUGAAGCUGUUUCAGGAAAGCCAGCGGUCUGAGGGGGAUUGGCCUGCCGAGCAGCAGCCAGGCCUGGUCAGCGGGGCCAAGCCACACUUCAUCACCUGUACAGUGGAGCAUGAUUCUGUCCGACUGCCCUUGGAACACCUGGUGAAAGAGGGUGUGGCAGAAGUCACCUUUGUCCCUGUGUCUAAGCUGAAUGGUCGGGCAGAAGCUGAUGAUGUCCUUGCAGCUAUCCGACCCACCACCUGUCUUGUGACCAUCAUGCUGGCCAAUAACGAGACCGGAGUUAUCAUGCCUGUCUCUGAAAUCAGUCGCCGAAUCAAAGCCCUGAACCAGAAACGAACAGCCUCCGGGCUGCCGGGCAUCCUCAUGCACACGGACGCAGCCCAGGCUUUGGGGAAGAGGCGUGUGGAUGUGCAGGAGCUGGGGGUGGAUUAUUUAACCAUCGUUGGCCACAAGUUCUAUGGCCCCCGGAUCGGAGCCCUUUACGUGCGCAGCCUGGGCGUCUGCACCCCGCUGCGCCCCAUGCUGUUUGGAGGCGGCCAGGAGUGGAACUUCCGACCAGGGACUGAGAAUACUCCCAUGAUUGCUGGGCUUGGAAAGGCGGCAGAGCUGGUGAGUAAGAACUGUGACAUUUAUGAGGCCCACAUGAAAAAAAUCCGAGACUACCUGGAGGAGAGGCUACAAGCUGUGUUUGAAAAGAAGAGAAUCCACCUGAACAGUCUGUUCCCAGGCUCUGAUCGUCUCCCUAACACCUGUAACUUUUCCAUCAGUGGUCCACAUCUGCAAGGCCGAGUGGUGCUGGCCCACUGCAGGAUGCUCCUGGCCAGCGUGGGGGCCGCUUGUCACUCAGACCAGGGUGAUCUACCAUCACCCAUCUUACUGAGUUGUGGCAUCCCCCCUGAUGUGGCUCGCAAUGCUCUUCGGCUCAGCGUUGGCCGGAGUACCACCAAGGAAGAGGUGGACCUUGCAGUGGAGGACCUAAGACAGGCCGUUGCUCAACUUGAAAAGAGUUCAGCUUCGUAGAAUGUGAAGUGGCCAUCCCCAUGGGGGAGGCCAUGGAGAAGGGGCCCCAUCUUUUCUUUGGAUAGGAUUGGGGGUCCAAAUGCAGUGAUGAAAAGCUUGCCAUGACUCAUAGGAAACCCCAGUGGCCAGUCCUGGUCUAGUGAAAUGUGGAAGACUUUAGCAAAUCCUUUAUUUAACAUGGAGGAAGAAAUAUAGGAUAACAAUGUCCUUGAAUGUAUAUUUUAGAAUGUAUAUUUUUAUUUUUGCAUCACUGACAUAUGAUGGUGUGGUAAUUGAGACCACUCUUUGAAGUUGUGCAAGAAGGAUCUGUGUUGUGUGGCUGCCUUUUCUUAUCCCACAAGAGAGAUAGAAGCCCUGGGAGACUCUUCUAAUCAGAGAGGUAUAACUGAUACACCCAGAUAAGGAAGUCCCACCAGGAGCACUUAGGUGGGGAUGAAGGUGAAUGGAGAAGGGCUAUUCAGCUUCUCUUGCUGCUCCUUCAAAGAGCUGCAAGGAUGCCGUGCUGUUUGGAGUAGGGGAGGCAGCCAUUUAUUAGAAAGAGAAAAUCAAGGCUAUUGUAACCAUUGUCAAAUAACUAAUUUUUGUAACAAGACUUAGAUAGUUGAUUUUUUUCCCGAUUUGAAAUCCAUAAAGUCUUAGCUUGGAAUGAAACUCAAAACUUAAAUUUAAUAGGAGCCGCUUAGUUAUGGUAAAAUCUAAUUUCCAAGCCGAGUAUUAUCUGGUUUAUUUCUCUAUAUGUUCAGGGUUAUAAAUGUAAUUUUUCAUAGGAAGGUCUUCAAUUUCAGGAACACAAUGUUUAAGGCUUUGUACAUUUGCACUCAAAAAAGAAAAAAUAGCUUUGAAUCCAGGGGAAGAGCUGCUUCUCAAUAUACCAUGCUUAUUCCCUCUCCGGGUGUUAGCUGAGGUUUUUACCCCUGCUCAGAAUGCCCUUCUCCCUUCCAAAUCCCAUCCAAUCGUAGCAUCUUUGAAGGCUCUGCUCUCAUUACCCUUCUUCCCUGAAGACUGCCCUUCCCUGCCCUGACUUGUUCUGUUCUUAGUAAGCAGCACUUGUUGUCUGUACUGCCCAAGUGUGUACUCAUCAGUGAGUGAAUGGAUGGACAAUGAAAUCAUCCAUUCAUUCAUUCUUCAUUAAAUCUACCCCCCCACCACCCGCGCCAGCAAAGCCAAAAACUCAUAUGCUUCCUUGCAUGGUAGGUCUGUCCCAUGGGUAUGUCUCAGCCAGACUGUAAGAUACUUGGGGAGAGGAGAGAGUCUUCUGUUUAGUUUUCAUCUCUCCCAAUGCCUGGCACAGCCCAAAUAUGUGGUGCAGAGUUUCUGAAUCAGUCACAGCCUCUCCUCUGGAAGGGAUCUUAGCAUCCACCCUCAUUAUAUAGAGGAAAAUGGCACACUGAACCAAUAGAGCAGAGUCUAGAGGCCAGAUCUGGCUCCUUGUUAGGAAGCUUACCUCUGUGUCUGUUAAUUCUCAAGACCCAGAAUCAACGAGGAAGCUCAACCAAGUUUCCUUUCCCCAGUAGACAUUUAUGAAGUAUUGGUUUUAUCCUCCGCUCCGAUACCUGUAUUAGGACAUGGAGGGAAGUACUAUGGGGCGAUAAUCACAGGAAUUCUUUGGAAGGUGUUCUUACUGGCUGUCCUCUUAGAGGUUUGAAAGUCUGCCUGACACCAUACCAGAUCCUUCGGUCAGUGUCCGUAGGCUCUAGGCAGCUUUUGGUCUGAGCGAACUCUAGGGGAAUUCUCCAUGAACCUAGAAAAAGAAAGCCAGUCGUUUUCCUUGCAAUUUGUGGAAUCCCAAGUUCUGCCAGACUUGCCACUUCUACUGUGUCAUCUUGUUUCAAGGAACCAUCCACCCCCUGCACUAACAGCCAGUGGCAAUAGUGAUCUUCAAGGGACAUGUCACAGAUUCUUCUUGCUUUUCCCAUCAGGUCUUUUUCCACCAGUUCUGGGGGAGGUCAGGUGUUAACAGCCCUGGGGUGUGGCAGAGAUAGUUCUGCUGUCCUUGCUCAUGCUUGACCUCAGCUUUUGAAUGUGCCUUUGUUCCUGGUCUCUUGUAAGACCUUCCUUUGGUUUGCACACCAAAGAAAGGAUUUUUCUAAAGGUCUAGGGAUGCCAUUUUAACAUGUUAUGGGAGAGGGAUCUAAGUAGGAAUGAUGUCUAACAGAUUGUUAAUAUUUUAAUUGUGCCACCUUUUCUCAAUACCGAAGAAAAUAUUGCUUGGUGAUUUUUCUAUUUAGUUAAUAAAAUAUUUUUAUGCUAAUAUUA